CCUGGCGGCGGUCAUGCUGCAGAGUCUGGGCCUCGUGGGGACUAUUGUGGAGGGGGAUGCGGCGCCCGAGGACCCUGAGUCUGAGGACUCUGAGGAUGAGCAGGGGCCGAGCCGCGUUGGGCUGCGGGGCCUCCCCUGCGGGGACUUCUGCAGCGCGUUCGUCUUCGGUGAGGUGGAGGCAGGCGGAGAGGGCACCUGGGCAGCAGCACUGCGCCAGCUCCGUGGCAAGAGAGCAGCUACAACGCUGGACGAGAAGAUUGAGAAAGUGAGACAGAAAAGGAAGAUCCAGGAGAAAGAAGCUAAACAUGCAAAAGUGAAAGAAAAAGAUGCACAGACUGAUGAUAAUCAAACCAAAGUGAGAGACAGUGAAGAUUUUAAUGGGGAGGAAGAAGAGGAUGUGGAAUCCCAGAACUCAUUAGAUGAUGAAAGUAUCUUCACUAAAGCAGAUACUCUCAAAGUGAAGGAAAGGAAGAGAUGGAAAAAUGCAGAAGUAGAAGCAGAGAGUUUUUUUGAAGAUGCCUCUCAAUAUGAUGAUAACUUGUCAUUCCAGGACAUGAAUCUUUCACGACCUUUGUUAAAGGCAAUCACAGCUCUUGGCUUCAAGCAACCAACCCCAAUUCAGAAGGCUUGUAUCCCAGUGGGCCUUCUGGGGAAGGAUAUUUGUGCCUGUGCUGCUACUGGGACAGGUAAAACAGCUGCCUUCAUCCUGCCUGUUCUUGAGCGCUUGAUUUAUAAACCUCGUCAGGCUCCAAUAACACGAGUAUUGGUUCUAGUGCCAACUCGAGAACUGGGUAUUCAGGUGCACUCUGUUACAAAACAGCUGGCACAGUUCAGCAACAUCACAACUUGCCUUGCUGUAGGUGGCCUUGAUGUGAAGACUCAGGAAGCAGCUCUACGUUCUGGGCCAGACAUUCUUAUCGCCACUCCUGGGCGGCUGAUUGAUCAUCUCCAUAACUGCCCCUCUUUCCACCUCAGCAGUGUUGAAGUGCUGAUUUUGGAUGAGGCAGAUAGGAUGCUGGAUGAAUACUUUGAGGAGCAGAUGAAGGAAGUAAUCAGGUUAUGCUCCAAACACCGUCAGACAAUGCUCUUCUCUGCCACAAUGACAGAGGAGGUGAAAGAUUUGGCUUCUGUUUCUCUAAAAAAUCCCAUCCGAAUUUUUGUGAACAGCAACACAGAUGUUGCCCCUUUCCUGAGGCAGGAAUUUAUUCGGAUCCGACCCAACCGAGAGGGGGACCGUGAGGCCAUUGUAUCAGCUCUGCUGACACGAACCUUCCCUGAUCACGUGAUGCUUUUCACCCAGACCAAGAAGCAAGCUCACCGUAUGCACAUCUUACUUGGGCUGAUGGGUCUACGGGUUGGGGAGCUCCAUGGGAACCUCUCUCAGGCACAGCGGCUGGAGGCUCUCAGGCGCUUUAAGGAUGAGCAAAUUGAUAUUCUGGUAGCUACAGAUGUGGCUGCACGAGGACUUGACAUUGAAGGUGUCAAAACGGUAAUCAAUUUUACCAUGCCCAACACCACCAAACACUAUGUGCAUCGGGUGGGGCGGACAGCAAGAGCUGGCAGGGCUGGUCGAUCAGUUUCACUUGUGGGUGAGGAAGAGCGUAAGAUGCUAAAGGAUAUUGUGAAAACUGCCAAAACACCAGUGAAAGCCAGAACUCUUCCACAAGAUGUCAUACUAAAAUUCCGAGAGAAGAUUGAGAAUCUAGAGAAAGAUGUCUAUGCAGUUCUGUGCUUGGAGCGUGAGGAGCGUGAGAUGCAGCAGUCAGAAGCCCAGAUCAAUAGAGCAAAGAAGCAGCUGGAGACGGGAAAGCAGGAGACUGUGAGUAAGGGUUUGGAACGAAGCUGGUUCCAGACCCGUGAGGAGAGAAAAAAAGAAAAAUUGGCUAAAGCCCUGCAGGAAUUUGACCUAGCAUUACGAGGGAAAAAGAAAAGAAAAAAAUUUAUGCAGGAUACCCAGAAGAAAGUCCAAAUGACACCAGAGGAGCGGUCACAGUUUGAAAUCUUAAAAUCUCAAAUGUACGCUGAGCGGAUGGCAAAAAGGAAUCGCCGAGCAAAGCGAGCCCGAGCCUUGCCGGAAGAGGAACCAGCAGCAGCUCCAGCAGGCCCUAAGCAAAGGAAAAAGCUGUCUGUGUUUGAUGAAGAGCUUACCAACACAAGCAGGAAGGCCCUGAAGCAGUAUCGUGCAGGUCCAUCAUUCGAAGAUCGGAAGCGCUUGGGUUUGGCACAGCGCAGGAAAGGAGGAAACUUCAAAUCUAAAUACAGGUACAAGAGAAAAUAAGAACGUUUUUGCCAAGCAGAUAACUUGAACAAGCAGGUAUUCCAGACACACUCUACAGCGGCCUGGAUUUCUUUCUACUGUGAGGUGUAGCAACUUCAGUGAAAUUGAACUUUUUUUUUUAUUUAUUCUGGAAUAGCUCAGAGAUGUUCAUAAAUUUCUGGCAAAGACUCAUAUGUAAAAAUUACAUCUUUACCAACCUGUGCAAUAAAGGACUGUAGGGUUGUUUGUUACCCCUCCCCCCCCCCCACACCCCAGUAUCUUAUAGGAUUCCUAGAGCAAGUUGCUGUCUUGAUGCAAAAAUUGGAUAAUAUUUAGUGCUUUGCCUUUGUACUGUUGUGAUCCAUAUUACUUAACAUGGCUGGAAAGGAUUUGUAUGGUUUUGAAGUGGAGAAAAAAAAUUGAGGCAACAAUCGCAAUGUUUAGAUGUACCUCCAGGACCAUGCUAUUGGAAGAAAAGAUGAUCUCAAAGAGGGAGAGGCAGACAGCUUCCUCCUGCCUGAAAUGAAAGCAGCUAUAGAUGAUGCAGCAAGAAUCCAAGCCUGCAGCCAGAAUACAGGCUGCUUUACAGUACUGUGUGCAAUUAAUGACAGGUUUGUUUAUUCUGGCAUAUAUAUUCUUGAACCAAAAGCAGUGCAAUUCCAGUUAUCAAGAACAGGCUGGCUUGAAUAUGAUCACUAUUAAUGUAAAUAGUACUGUACUUAUGCAAAGCAGAGUAAGGCAGGGGAAAGUAGUCUGAUUCAUAACCUCUAAUUUCAUAACCAUGUUAAGUUAAAAAUAUAUAUAGUCUUCAUAUCCUUACAGAUUCUUUCUCACUGGCUAAAUUUCAUUGAUACACCUUAGUUCUUAAAAAGGGCAUGGGUCAAUAAGAACUAGUUCUUUAACUUCUGAGCUGCCUAUACAAAUAGAGCCUUUCCCUUUAAACCUGCCCUUUCAUGUGAUAGAAUUGCAGUACUGAAAAGGAACAGUUGCAUCCCUAAAACACAGCAGCACAACAGUGACUUCACUUAGAGUUUUCCAACUUUAUUAAAAAGGGCAAGUUUUGCAGGCAGUAAAUAGAAAAUAUACAUAACAAAGUUCAGACAGGUGGUACUGCUCAGUAUAUUCCCUUAACCAGUCUUCUCACAGUUCAUAAGUACAUUAUAGAAUAUUCUAUGGCCUUGGUGGGCGCAUGCCAGGUGGAGGGGGUCCUAGGAGUAAAGAAAAUGAGUUUUGAAUAUUGAAUAUUUAGCUUGAAUAGAAAGAGGACAAAGGUGAAGCAAAGCUAAACCAGGAAGCUUUUUUCCCUAUGCUCAAAGCAGCCUAGAGAUGUCAUUGGGGCAUGGAGGCAUCUACGAGCAACUAGUGCAGGUAGAGUGCCACUGAAGCAUACCAUGCUUCAACUAUGUCUUUCUUAGUAUUAUGGCUUCUUAUAGCUUCUAGGCAUUUAGAGUAACUUCUGCUCACCUCUCAUUCCUGGGGGUGGUGGUCUCAUGCCUGGUGGAGGCAUUCCCAUAGGAGCACCACGGCCAGGCGGCAUUCCCAUAGGUGGGCCCAUAGGUGGUCUCAUGCCUGGAGGAGGUCCCAUCAUUCCUUAAGACAAAGAAAGGACAAGUAUCAAACUGCUAGAGCAUGGUCUGCGCCUCUAACAGACAGGUCAGCCUUAACAGGGAAGGCAUCUGUGUUUGCUAAGAAACAAAGCCUUCACCAUGGUACUUGCUUUACGUUUCUUUGUUUCCUAGGAUUUUGUGUAUAAAUCCAGUUCCGUAUUAAAGGCAUAAGCCAGA